UCGGGAAAAGCCGAAGGGGAAAGCAAAUUUUCUCGGGACUUUCUGCCUCCCUUUCUAGCUCUGCUGAGAAUCCUAGGGCACAUCCAAAGCAUCAGAUACAGAUACAGAGAGAGAGAGAGAGAGAGAGAGAGGGAAAUCGAGAUCUGCACUGCAGCUCGCGCUGACCGAGAUCGACGUCGUCGAGGACGAUGAGCGGAAUAGCCUUAGUCCUCGAGCUCGCGAGGCAAAACCCGAGCUUCCACUCCGCCCAAUCCCUGCACUCCUAUGGUCACUUCUCCGCCUCCGCCUCCGCCUCCGCCGCCGCCGCCUCCGCCGCCACCGUCCCUUUCGCGGCGAGGUUCCUCUUCGGCAGUUUUAGGUUGCCUGUCGCAUACUGCGAUGCUGGGACAGCAUGGUCUGAAGAUUAUGUUUCUAGUACACAAAGUAAUUUCGAGAAUAUACUGAGUGGGGAAUCUCUGAAACACAGUGCCAAAAUAUACAAAAUAGAGAUGAAGCCUCUCUUUUCAGCAUUUGAGUUUAGGACAUUUGCCUUGACUUCGUUAAGGUCUUUUCUACAGUCCUAUUUGCCUCUUAUACAGUCCAGCAUCCAGGAGGAAGAGGAUGAUAACUUCCCGCAGGAUGCCCAUGAGGAGCACCAUGUAGAUAUGGUUGUUCCCUUAAAAAAUUCUGUCAAACAGAUCAUUCGGGAGACUACAGUUGUAACUACUAGACGGGUUUUGGAAAGGCUUGCUGUCCAAUAUGUUUCACAAAGAAUGGCAUGGAAACUUCUUAAAGAUGUUCCCAAAUCCACUACACGCAAGGCACAAAGAGGGAUGCCAACUCUAGUUUAUAUAUGGAGUGUUAGCAGGACGACUUUGAGAGGGCAGUUACUAGGAACUGCGGCAACAUGGCUCAUUCAAGUAGGAAUUGAAACUUACCGAUGCUUGUCUAGUAUAUUCAAGUCCAAGGAAGAAGAUGAAGAAGUUGAUUCAGUAGAACAAGUUAUAAUUCUCGGGAAGAAGGUCCACGUAAUUACUGUGAAGUGUAGUGCAUCCCUGAUUUUUGCUUCGAUCGGAGCAGGGCUUGGUGCCACUAUCAUGCGCCCUUCACUCGGGCAGUGGAUUGGCUGUGCUCUCGGCGACUUAGCUGGCCCAAUUAUUGUGUCAUUUUGCUUUGAGAAAUAUCUCCAGCUGGCUCUAUGAAGUAUUGGCUUCCAAUUCUCUUGCAUGGACCUACCCUCCAAAAUCAGGGUCUAGCUUGACUUGAUGCCACUUGCUUGAUGAUGUCCAUCGGAAGUGGCUGUUGAGGCCAGAUGCUGCGGUUCAAUUCAUUUAUCAAAUUUGCACCUGUCAGUGUGGUUCCUUCAUUUAGACGUGAACUCAAUCACACAUUUUGCCCCGGAAUCGCAACCCUACAUUGUGUCCGUCAUUAUAUGAACUAUACUGUAUUUGAGAUAAUUCUGCAGCAACUUAAUCAAGUUUUGUGGAAUUGUACUCCAGUUUGCUCUUGUCUACCAUGUAACCAGAUUUUUACCCCUGGAAUAAUCAUCCCAGGGCACUACUUUUGACUUUGGAAGUGUUCUUAAUGAAAAAGAUACGGAACGAAA